AUGGGGCAAAGCAAAACUAAACUGAACAUCAUUACAUGUGGCCUUGACAACAGCGGCAAGACUUCGAUCAUCAACCAGCUCAAGCCUGCCUCGGUUCAGAGCGAGCACAUCACCGCCACGGUGGGCUACAGCGUAGAGGUGUUGGAGAGGGAGGACGUGAAGUUCACCGUGUUUGACAUGGGCGGGGCGAAGAAGUUCCGCGGCCUGUGGGAGAGCUACUAUGAGAGCAUCAACGGCGUCAUCUUCGUCGUGGACAGCGCCGACGAGCUCCGGCUGUGUGUGGCGAAGGAGGAGAUUGAGUUGAUGCUACAGCACCCGGACAUUGCGCGGGAGUUGCCCGGGAAGGACGGGGUGAAGAUUCCAUUUCUGUUUUAUGCAAACAAGAUGGAUCUGCCGAAUGCCAAGACCCCCGCAGAGUUGGUGGAUCUCCUCGAACUCACGACACUCAUGGGAGAUCGACCGUUCAACAUCUUCGCCUCCAACGCGUUGAAGGGGAAGGGCGUUAGUGAGGGGCUUCACUGGCUCCAGAACACGUUGAUGUGGCAGAAGGACGCGAUCCGUGCGAAGAAGCGAAGGAAGUGA